UUCUGGCAGAGACACGGCAGCAGCGGCGCACGAUGGCACAGCGACAGGAUGCUUCUGGCACGAGGGAGAAGAAGCCGAAAUUUGCGGAAUUGAAUAACCUCAUUUCCGAGAAGCUGGGCGGUCGUGUUCUCUUUGCGACAGAUGACUGGUUUGCUGUCGCUGAAAACCUUUUAAAGGAGAGUGACCCCGAGUGGCGGGAAGGCGAGUUCACAGAUUGUGGGAAAUGGAUGGACGGAUGGGAGACUCGCAGAAAAAGAAUCCCAGGCCAUGAUUGGUGCAUCAUCAGGCUUGGGGUACCGGGUAUCAUUGAAGGAAUCGACGCCGAUACGUCAUUCUUCACAGGAAACUUUGUCCCUCGCGUGUCCCUCCAGGGCGCCGUGCUCUCUCCCGAAGACGAAGCCAAGAUCCCAGCAAGAAAAAGCGAGAUUGGAACUCAGGCUUGCGAAGGCGUGAUGGAACAGGUGUCUCAGCUGGACAGUCAGAAUUGGCCGUUCAUCGUCCCGCUGACGGAGGCUCGACCAGGAUACAUGGACACAUGCCACACAUACAUCGAGGCGGCAGUCAAGAAGCGCUGGACACACGUUCGGCUUAACAUAUACCCCGACGGAGGCAUUGCGAGGCUCAAGGUGUUCGGGAGUGCCACGCCGGACUGGUCGAGGGUGCCAAAGGGGAAGCUGAUCGACCUGGCGGCGGUCGAGAACGGGGGCGUGUGUCUGGAGUACAGCGACGCCCACUACGGUCACCCUCGGAACCUCAUCAGCCCGGGGAGGGGCGUGACGAUGGCCGACGGCUGGGAGACGGCGAGGAGACUCGAUCGGCCGGCUGUGUUGCAAGGACUCGCGCCCCAUUUGGAAAAUACUGAAGCCCCCCAGUUUAGGAACCACUGCCUUAGAUGGAAGACAUCCUACAUGGAUACGAGAAAUGUUAAGAAAUCUUGA